AUGUCCAUGUUCAGCACUGGUAUCCUGGUCCUUACAUCUCCCUUACAGGUCCUUCCUCUCCGCAUUGCGCCUGUCCUCACCUCUGCUGCACAGGUGGUGGAGCGCACACUUUACAUCCAUCUCCACCCCGGUCUCAACCUGGGCACAGGUGGGCCGACUCUGCCCAUCUACAUCCCACACAUGGUGGAUCUGAGCAGCCUCAUCUCCCGCCUUUAUAGCAACGCAGCCAAAAUUUGUGGGCACCUUGACGUCAGGGUGAUGCUUACUAACAUCCGUGCCCAAGGACUGGUAGAGUUGGUUUUGUUCGAGAUCCAGCUGUUGAAAGACGCCCAUCACGCUGACAUCGAGGAAGAGAAGAUCAGUUCUUCUAGCCUAAGAACAAGAUUACUGGGCACACUUCUCAAACCUCUUGCUCCUCGGCCUGAUCUCUCUCUGGAUUCAUAUGUGAUCGGUCUGACGGGUGGCAGUGGAUCAGGGAAGAGCUCUAUAGCACGCAGACUGGAGGGGCUUGGUGCUGUAAAGAUCGACUGCGAUCAGCUGGGUCAUGAGGCUUACCUGCCGGGCACAUCUGCAUACCACAAAGUCCUGCAGGAGUUUGGCCCGGAUAUCCUUAACGAGGAUAAAACCAUUAACAGACGUGUACUGGGUGGGAAGGUAUUUGGGAACCAGGAACGUUUGAAAGCUCUGACAGAUAUAGUGUGGCCUGAGAUCGCCCUUCUGGUGAAAAAUAGAAUAGAGCAAGCAAUAGAACAGGGUAAAAAUAUUUGUGUUGUGGACGCGGCCAUGUUGCUGGAGGCUGGAUGGACACAUUUGGUGCAUGAGGUUUGGGUGGCCACCAUCCCAGAGGAAGAGGCAGUGAAGCGUAUAGCCCAGCGUGAUGGUGUAAAGGAGGAGGAUGCCAUGAGGAGACUGAAGAGCCAGUGGCCCAAUGCAAAGCUGAUAGAACAUGCCAAUGUCAUGCUGUGCACACUGUGGGAGCCUGAUGUCACUCAGAGACAAGUAUUGAAAGCCUGGAAUCUUUUACAACAGCGGAUUCAGCAGAGAAGUCGAGAGGAAUCCAGUUCUUUAUCCUGA